AUUACAUAUAGAGAAAUUGUAUCUCAUCUUCAUUUGCAGCUUUCAGCCAUUGUUAGCCAUGGAGAGGAAAUCUUUCUUUGGGCUUGUACUUUUGCUCUUCAUUGUCUUGGCUUCACAAGAGAUGGUGGUGCCAAGCGAGGCAAGGGUUUGUCAGUCACAGAGCCAUGGGUUCCGUGGACCAUGCAUCCGCCACCACAACUGUGCUCUCGUAUGCAGGAACGAAGGCUUCUCCGGUGGCAGAUGCCGCGGGUUUCGUCGCCGUUGCUUUUGCACUCGCCUCUGUUGAUCACUGGAUCGUCAUUGAUUAACCAGGUCGCUCGGUCGUACAAGAAAAUGCGUUGCAUGUUAUGUUAUAUGCAACUAGCUCUAGAUAGGAAAUUAAUAAAUGGAGUUUUCUUCCAAGCGUUAGAUCGAGGGAAGUGUUAUCAUGUUAUUCUGGUUACUUAAUGGUAUUUUUAAUCUUAUUUAUUUAUAAAGUUUUCUUUUUAAUUAAUUUUACUUAAUUGUGUAUCAAUAGUCAUGAUUUUCUUCCUCAUAAAUUACAACAAUCAUACUAUUGAGUUCAAUUUUUCUGUGACCAAACUCCCUGUGCCACUCCACCCGGAACACCCAAAAAUUACUCCACCCUGU